UGUUGGAAGGAGCAAGUAGUAGUUUGGCGGCGUCUACGUCCCUACGAGCUCCACGUGGUUCCCUCCUACAGCAGUAAUUAACGAGCAUUUGUUUCCCUUCACAGAUGAGGCGGAUGGCAGUACAGAGGAUAUGGCAACACUAAACGCUUUUCUUCGCUCUAGUUCACCAGACGCCUUUGUUAUUCAUUUCAGAGAGGGAUCGUCGAGAUGGCCCAAGUCUCUGCCACGAUCCUCACGGGGCAUCGCGGUGUUUGAGGCAGACGGCGCUAACUUGACAGGGACACACACGCCUCUUUCCAGAGUGUUUCAUGCCGCUCGAGAGCUAAGAGUGGCAUCACAGCGCGUGGUGGUGGUGGUGAUGAGUGAGGACUCCGCCUUCCUCGCCACCUUCGCUGAGUGGUCACUGAGGAGCCGCCUGCUGGUGUGGUCCACGAGGCUCCUUGUAUUAACUCGCCUCCAACUCAAGCGCAUCCAGUACCUUCAUAAAGCCUUGUCCUUCACCAAUUCGCUGCUCCUCACGCCUCAUGACGGACGAGGGACACGAAACAGGUGAGUGUGAUCGAGCAAUGAAUAAGGUGUUGCAAUCUUGUAACCACGUGAAAGUUACUGUAAACCUU